CUUCCCUGUGAAUCCGAGCAAAAGAAUGGCGGCGUCGAGCAAGAGAUGGCUUCCUCUCGAAGCUAACCCCGAUGUCAUGAACCAGUUUGUCUGGGGCCUUGGCGUGCCGGAGGACGAGGUGGAGUUCAAUGAUGUCUACGGCCUGGAUGAUGAGCUUCUGGACAUGGUUCCCAAGCCUGUGCUCGCCGUGCUCUUCCUCUUUCCUUACAAUGAUGAGGCCAAAGAGGAGAUCCAGAGUUCAGGUGGGCAGAAGGAACCAAGUAAACAAGUGUAUUUCUUAAAACAAACUGUGGAUAAUGCUUGUGGAACUAUUGGCGUUCUUCAUGCUUUGGGAAAUGCAACUUCAAAAAUCAAUCUGGUUGAGGGAUCUUACUUUGAUAGGUUCUUCAAGUCAACUUCCAACAUGGAUCCUUUUGAGCGUGCAGCUUUUCUUGAAGCAGACAGAGAAAUGGAAGAUGCACAUUCUGUAGCUGCAUCUGCUGGUGAUACAGAGGCUAAUCCAAAUGUGGAAGAACAUUAUAUUUGCUUCACAUGUGUUGAUGGAGAACUGUAUGAACUUGAUGGGGUUAAAUCCCAACCUAUAUCUCACGGCCCCUCCUCACCUACCAGCUUAUUGAAGGAUGCUGCUGAAGUUAUAAAAGCAAUUAUUCAGAAAAAUCCAGACUCCAUGAAUUUUAAUGUUAUGGCACUAUCAAAGAAGGAAAUAUGAAGAAGCAACACAAGUGAUGAAUUUUGGCGGCUUUUUUCUCUUUCCACACUUCCUCAUCAGUCCCAGUUGAAAAGCCUAAGUUUCUCGCAAACACCCCGAAACUAUGUGAAUGGUUAUUAAUAAUUACAAAUGUGGCACAUUUUAUGUUCUGAAGUUCCAUGGCAUGCUAACUGAUUAUUAAUUAAAAAAAAUUACUUACUAGUAUCUUGUA